AUGGCACACGCAGAUUCGCGCACGCUAGCGCUGCAGGAGCGCAGCACAGCACUUGUCGCAAUCCAUGGCUCCGACCCGCGCGCCGACAUUGUGGCGGAGCGCAACCGCGCGUCGUUCGACGCCACCCAGCUGCUGCACCUCCUUAACGGCGGCAAGGAAAAGGUGGAGCGCAGGGCCGAGUUGGCCCGCCAGGUGGCGGCAACCCCUUGGGGCGACAAGAAAAACCGCCACUUCCUGAGCCGCGAGGAGGAGUACGUGGGCGGCCUGCGCGCCGCGCUCGGGAUCUGGGCCAAGAUCCAGGACGAGAAGCUGCCCCUGGAGGACGGCCUGAUGAUGCGGCAGCUGGUCGACUGGCCGGGCGGCCUGGAGCUGCACAUUGGGGUGGGCGGGCUGUCACCACCGUGA